CCGAACCCUUUGCCAUCCCCAACCGGGCUCCCUCUCCAGCAAGCCAACCCUAGAUCGCAACUGAUGCCUUCGCCGCCGUCGCCGCCGCCGCCGCCGCCACCGCGAGGGGUGCUCUCGUGCCUGUACAGCAGCUGUGACAGUGCGUCUCAUGAAUCCAAAGACAUGCCCAAGCUUCUCUUGGACCUCAUCCCCGCCUCCUACAGGGAGGCGGCCAAUCGGCUUCCGGAUGACCCGCGGGGCCUCGACCUGCACGGCCUCAUGAGCGGCGCCGGCAACUGUGUCGGCCUCCUCGAUCCCGUCUCCAACAUCCUCCUCAACACCAUUUGCGAGCUCGGAGCAAGCCCAUCCGAUCCACCACCAAAGAGGUUGAAGACGACGGCUGUCCCGAAAUUCAGUGGAAAGAAGAAGUGGCACGCUAUUGCAUUGAAAUCUUGCAGAGGGCUCAUUGAAUUCAUGGUGAGGUACUUCGGAUGCCUCAGCAAGGACCAGGCCACCCGCUACCUCUACUGGGCCCGCGCCGAUAUCACCCUCGCCGUCAUGCUCGUCGAGCGUGAAUUAGGGCCCCUUGCGCUUGAGCAUGCACGCCCCGACCCUAGCUCCGAAAGGACCCAGGCUGCGCUCAAGAUGGCGGCGCUGGAAGCACGCCACCCUACGCCUGACAGACUUGUGCGGCUCGCGUCAUCACGGAUCCCCCAUGAAGACCUUUCCUUCCUCAAAGUUGCUCUGCUCGAUAGUGGCCGGAUUCUCCACCCUGACCAUGUCAAGGCAAUGUCCGAUAUUCUGUGCCGUCUGGACACGCCUGUCUGCGAUGCCAAAUUGACCAUCCUGCCGCACGGAGGAGGGGCUGUUUUCUGCGUGCGGAAGGCUGGAGGAACCCUCGUCGAUGAAGGAAUUACCCAGAAAACUUCUGAUCUUGGAGAUGGCUACACCACUACCACCACCAGAUUCCAAAGGGUCGGAGACUACACCGCAUCUUUGCGUCCUCUUGAAGAUAUGCAAUCCAUGGUAUCCGACUGUUUCCUAAAGGCAGAUGCAGAAAAACUCAGAUUAAGUAUCCCGUGUGGCAGUAACUGCGAGUACCUAAAGUCUCUCCAGAUGCGCCUCCUCCAGAUGAUCCAAAGCUUCUACAUUCAGGUGUUCUCCAUGCUGCCUACAGACCAUAAGCACAUGAUCCGCAGCAUCCUUGUUGCCGGCCACUGCUAUGGCCCCGGGGACCCCGUCUCCAACAUAAUCAUCAACUCCAUCUGGUAUGAAAAUUGUUGUCCGCUCCCGGAGGCCGAUCGCAAGGGGAUCCAAGCAUACGAUAUACUCAACACCCUCUGCAUGCUGCGUGCACAAACUCGUUCCCUAAAAGGCCUUCUAUGCUUAGCAUCUACCUUGUACCCUGAAUCGUCGGAGGAAAACCGUGCUUUGAAGGCCCUGUGCGAUGAACGAUGUGACUUAUCUGGCAGAUUAAGGGGGUUGGAAGGGUUCCCAUCACGAUCACCCUCUCCCUUCCAUAUGGCGGCAGAGGCUGCCGAACACCCUCUGCCUGCUGGACUAGCGCUACUUCACGAACAGCUGGCGCAAGCACCUCGGAAAUUGGCUGAGCUGUGCUCCGUGGUAUCUGCCAACAGUGUGUUAUCCGCUGAUGAUUUCAAACGAAUAGUUGCCCUUCUAGAUAGUGUAUUUGAAAUCACUCCACCUGUGAAAAAGGAUAUGAGUGCUCGGGCUCCUAAACUGUUCAAAGAGGCCUUGAACACGCUGUCAAGAAAGAGAACUGCACAUGGGUGUAAGAGCGAAUUCAUUCGUUCGAAGCUUGCGCAGCUUCUGGAUGAUUAUAACUCUCAGAAUAUUUCGGAACCAAAGUAUGUGUUGAACUUCAUCUGCGGUGUAGAGGAAAGCGGUGCUUCAUUCACGGCGUGUUACCGUGUUAAUUUCAUGGCAACUUCUGCAUUGCAGCUUGAAAAUACACUAUUCUUCGCUGAAUUCUGGGUGCCACAUCCUAAUUUAACAAAACCAAAUUUCUGCUGCCCUCUGCUAAAACCAUAUCCUGGUCGUUGCUACUUUGGUUGUGCUUCUGCAAGGAAAAUAGUCUAUCCGAGUUCCACAGAGUACUUCGUGAAGGAUAUUACGGUAUAUGGAACUAAUGCUACGGAGGAUAUGCUAGAUACAGAUUUUGUCUAUUUUAAUUCUAUAAGAGACUUUAAGUUUGCAAAGGAAGUAAACAGCUACUAUGCACCUGGUUUUCGGGUGCAAUCGAGGCCGAUUGUCUUGGCUACUGACGAUGAGCUGAAGAUUCUAGGCCUAUAAGCCUAGUUAACCCCUGGCCCUAAAAUUUGGCACGCACGAGGCUUGUGACAGGGAGGUCAAGGGAGCUUAUUCCUCCAAGUCAGCUUGUGCAGCACACUUUGAUGCUAAUACGAAGUGCAAGGCAGCAGAUUCAAUCUGGAGAAAGUUGUCUCCUCUCAAAAAUAAAAUUUCCAUUUGGCUUCUGCACAAACGAAGAAUCUGGACUGCUGAUAGGUUGCUGGUAAGAGGACUCGCACAUAAUUCAGUAUGUGUGUUUUGCAAUGCUGGCAGUGAGGAAGUUCAACACCUGUUUAUCAGAUGCACGGUCGUGCACAAUUUUUUUUUCGAGAAUUGUCGUGCACAUUAUUUGGUGCUCAGUUCUGAAUUGGGGAGGAGUAUCUGAGAUAAAACCGGAUACCAACUCUUCUCUGAAUUCUUGGUGGCUUUAGGCGAAAAGGAGACUGCAGGGGAGUUCCAGGAAGAGAUUCUACUAUGUCUGCAUGCUGGUCGUCAAGGUGCUUUGGUGCGAGAGAAAUAGAAGAAUUUUUUACAAAGAGUACAAGCCGAUCCAACAAGUUAUUGAUCAAAUUAAGACAGACGCAACUCAAUGGGCGGCAGCGAGUAGGUGUCGGCUUGAUCUCCCAACUUAAGAUCCGUGGAUGGGCUGUUCUUGUUGUGCCUAGUUUCAGCUCCAGUUUUCAGGCAGUUGUUGGUCGUGCAGCCGUUUUUUUUUUGUUUAGUCCCAGACUUUGCUUCAGUUUUAGCUGUUCUGGUGGUCGUUGUUGUAAUCAUGAAGUUUGUACCGUGGCCUGCUUUGGCCUCCCUCUCUUAA